GCACUCAACUGGUUUAGUCUGAGAAGCCCUCACAGUCGGCAGAAGAAGAGACCUGACAGCAGAGCAGCAACACAGAGGAUUAUUAUCACUAAAUCAUCCCCACUGUGCUUCAUAUUUCACUAAAUAUAUACUAUAUUCUAUUUAUUCCCAGCCAUGGAGUUGUCUGAAAUACUGUACAACAAAGCGGAGUACAUUGAAACGGCUUCCGGUAACAAAGUGAGCAGACAGUCAGUGCUGUGUGGGAGUCAAAACAUCGUUCUCAAUGGAAAAACUAUAGUAAUGAAUGACUGCAUCAUCCGAGGGGACCUUGCUAAUGUCAGGGUGGGCAGACACUGUGUGGUGAAGAGCCGCAGUGUAAUCCGACCACCUUUCAAAAAGUUCAGCAAAGGAGUGGCUUUCUUCCCGCUGCACAUUGGAGACCACGUCUUCAUCGAGGAGGACUGUGUGGUCAAUGCAGCACAGAUCGGUUCCUAUGUCCAUAUUGGGAAGAACUGUGUCAUAGGUCGGCGCUGUGUGCUGAAGGACUGCUGCAAGAUCUUAGACAAUACAGUGCUCCCACCUGAGACCGUGGUGCCGCCUUUUACCGUGUUCUCUGGAUGCCCAGGUCUGUUUUCAGGAGAGCUCCCAGAAUGCACGCAGGACCUGAUGAUAGACGUAACCAAGAGCUACUACCAGAAGUUCCUGCCUCUCAGCCAGAUCUGAAUCCUGCACCAAAAACCGUCAGCAGGAUCCACACCCUUACCAGAUGCCAGUGUCAGGUCAGGGUGGGGGUCUCCCAUCACAUAUGGACUCUGAGAGCUCACCGUCUAUUCCUCCACCUCCCAAAAUACCAUACAUUUCUCUGCUAUUCACAAACACUUGGUCCUGUAUAAAACCCUUAUGAGAUUGUAGUGUUUGAGAAUGGGAAAAGCACAUGAAGAAUAAAAUCAGAUAUAGCUGCAAGAGGCAGUUUUCAAGCUCCAAAUAUAGAAAGGUCUUCAAAAAUCCAGAAAUCCUAUGAGGUGUGGUCAUUAAACUACACACAACAAAGCAGUUUGAGAUGCCUACAAGGGGCACAACAUACAGGCACUAGUACAUUUUCCAGAUGAUUAAUUUGGUUUUCUAUUGCAGUAUGUUCAUGUUUACUGGUCAUUUUGCUGUGGAGAUACUCAAGGAUCUCUGUGUAGCUGCAUAUAACCACAAUCUUCACUCUACGGUAGCAGCUGUAGAUGAGGAUGAGGAGGUGGAGGAGCUUUGAAAGGAAGGCGGUGCCUGUACUGUACACUGUUAGACACCUAUGGACCAAAACACUAGCAACAACAGUGGUGAUUAAGGAUGUUUGCUGUACAUGUGCUUUAUUCAUUUCCACAUUUUAGUACACUCAUAUAAGCGCUUUUUGGAUGCUCUUAUGUUGUUUUAUUUUUAAUGUUGAAGGACUUGUUUGCAUUCUCCACCACUGGCUUAUAUUUUGUUUUAUUUAAUGUGUUUUAUUUCUGUUUUCUUCAAAUGAUCAACUGCAAUGUUCAUUUUAAUUUGUUGAUUUGUGCAGGACAGCCCCCUGUGCUUUGCCUUUGUUAUACUCAGUGACUAUACAGUAGCCAACAUUUAAAAUAGUACAGCAAUUAAAUAAAUAGAAAUGCUUGAAAAUCUGCCUCACAUGGACUCAGCUUUCUGCUUUAAAAUCUAUUAACCACUUUGUGUUUUUCCUCCAGCAACUACACAAAUGUUUAAAUAUGUGAUUCCUAAUACCAAACCCAGAGCUUUUAAAAAUCUUUUAUCCUAUUGGAUGUAAAGCCAGCUGACCAUUUCUCAUAGAUUUCUUGUAAGGUACCUCGUGGUGUAAGUGUGUAGUCUGCACGCGCUAGGGCACACUGGUUUCCUCGUCAUUUGGUUGUAAUUCGCAACGAAGCAUAGCAGCAUGCCAUCAAAGGAUGGGAUGAAGACUAAACAAGUAAUUACAUAUAUAAACUAUUCAAGAAUGGGAUUGUUGUUUCAUGUUUUAGAAAGAAGACGUGUUGUCUAUAUGAACAUUGCUCAGUGCUACUUUAAGCUAACUAAGCUGUAAAGGAAGAGUUUUGUUGGAAACAACAUGUGUGUUUACGUUCAUGUUUUUUCCUCAAAAAACCAUGUUGAUUAGAGGUCAUACAUUUCCUUCCCUUAAAAUGUUUGCAAAGUUGUUAGCAUCCACGUUUUAUUGCUAGCUUCUUCUUUUUACUGCAUCGAUCUACUGCUGUGUAUUUCGGCGCGCUACUGCCACCUGUUGGGCGACUGGAAUAGUGUAACACCCCGGUACAGUUGAUACAGGCCAGUGGCUGGACACCUUUUAGAGUCACCUGUCUGUAUGCAAGUUUUGAAAAUAAUAAUAAUAAUAAUAAUAAUCAUAUAGCUACUAGAGUUUGAAAACUCCAACAGGAGACUUUAAGAUAGAAAGGAUUCGACUCUGCAGUUUUUGUAUUUGAAUUCAUGUAUUUACUGUCGCUAUUAAAGAUAGUUGCUACACUAUCAGAGCAGCAUCACACACUGUAGGCCUGUAUUUGACAUUUCCCCAUCACAGACCGAUGACAUUUGGAAAAGUGAGUUUUUCCAAUGCUGUCCUUUGACACCAUCUAGUGUUCUUAAGCAGGGCCGAGAUAAGUGUAGUGUAUGUGACCCUUCAAUAACCCAGUCCAGAGAUAAAGUCACAAAUAACUAAGGAACAACAACUCCCAACAAACACAUUUUAAUGCUUUAGUGACCGUCAUUACUUCAGGUAUAUCACCCAGGUAUUCUCAUCUAAAUUAACGACAGGAAUAUUGUUCGGGGUUUUUCUUUUACACAAAAUGCCACUAACUACCAAACAGAUCCCUCAGUUGACUCUUCCUUGCUUGUGCAUCAUCUCUUGCCAAUUGAGUAAGAUAUAUUAUUAAUAAUAUUAUUACUUUUAAUAAUGAUGAUACAAUAGACAUGCAAAUUAUUCUAUGUGCCAACUGCUGCUCAUUUGCAUGCCAGGUCUAACAGCAACCAGAUGUAUCCGGUUUAUAGGGGAACCUGUGGUGCAAGUUUUUGACUUCUCAAAAUAUAUCUGCUUAUAGUGUAAAAACCAAGAGUAAAAAUAAGCUUCCUUACUUAGCCUACAAAGGUUAGCUUUAUGUUAAGUACACUUUGAUCAAAUGCAACUUGCACUUUCUUUUCCAGAAGCUCAAGAGGUGCAAGCGCACAAAUAAAAUGCUUCUGUACAAACCCUUAAUUAAAUAACAAAAAUAGAACUCCAUUUUCUUGUCUUUAAUGAAACAGUCCAUCCAUAUUCAAUUCAAUGUUUUUAUUUAUCUUACAAUGUGAACCACAUAUAUAUCAUACCAACAAUUAAAUGUUAAGUAUAUAGAUUAGCCAUUUAUUACUUUUUAAAACAAAUAAGUAUCAAGAAACAGCUGAUAAUAGUGUUGGCUCCAGAGACAUGUGGCAUGACUCAGCCUUUUUGAGAACAAUGUGGAUGAAGGCCGGUGAUUGGACCGGGGGAAGAAAGAAAAACACAAAGUGCCCCCCUCCCUCUAUUAUAACCCAGCUAAUCAAUGCAGGUCAAUUAGAAAGACGCCACCAACUCUCUGUAGUCGAGCCUUUUUGGGGGGGGGGGGGGGGAGACUUAAUUCAUUUUUCCUGUUAGCAGCCACUUCACAUCUUCCCUUUGUUGUCACGCAGCAGAAACACUAGGGAGGUUAUAACCACUCAUUUGUAACAUCACGCACCAUUUGGUUUCAGUCGGUGUGGAGUGCUAGGCACAGAAACUGUGCCUGGAGAAAGA